CUUCAUCUCAAGAACCCGAGAACCCGAGAGAACAACGCAAAAAAUGACCACCGCCAACACGUACGAGAUCAAGCCGGCCACCGAGGCGGACAUUCCCGACAUGCUCGCCAUGAUCAAGGAGCUCGCUAUCUACGAGAAGGAGCCCGACGCGGUGGUCAACACGCCCGAGAUGAUGAAGGAGAACCUCUUCGUCAAGAAGUACGCCGAGGCGUUCGUCGCGCGCACUCCGUCUGGACAGGCGGUCGGCCUCGCCCUGUACUUCUUCACCUACUCGACGUGGCUCGGCGUCCCCGGCCUCUACCUCGAGGACCUCUACGUCGUGCCCGAGCACCGUGGUGGCGGACUGGGCAAGACGCUCUUCGGCUACCUUGGCGAAGUGGCCAAGGAGCGCGGGUGCCAGCGUGUCGAGUGGCGUGUGCUCAAGUGGAACACCCCCUCCAAGGACUUUUACGAGAAGCGCCUCGGCUCAGAGCCCCAGUCGGAGUGGGAGGGCGAGCGCCUUGAGGGCCCCGAGGCGAUCGAGCGCCUCAUCGCGCUCAAGAACUAAUAGAUGGUGUCUACAUUAUACAACAAACAUGCUACCACUACCGGAUAGUCGUGUAGUUGCCCUUCUUUUCCGCGACGCCGUCGACGGGCUUGUCGGCCGCGUUGGCGGCGGGGAUCUGCCCGAGCUUGCUCAUGUCCAUUGAGAGCUGCUUGGCGUCGCCCUUGAACCCGACGUAGAAGACGGUUGAUCGCGCGGAAGUGUUGGCCUCGGAAAACAACAGUGUGACGCUGAACACACUCGCCAUGCGCUGCACCUUCAAGCUCCACUCGUCGACCUCGCGCCUGCCGGCCCCAUCACGCCGCUGCAGGGGCGGCUCGCUAACGUCGAGGUCCAUGAUCGGCGUGAGGGCCUCGAGGUCGGCAAAGUCCGGCGCGUUGGGCAGGUUGGCGUACAGGCGUAGUCUUCCUGGCCGGUGGGGGUGGCCUUGGCCUGGGAGAUGGAGGAGGAGGGUGCGCAGGCGCACGCUGGCGGUGAACGGGAUGUGGAGGAUCAUCUCGUCGUCAACCCCGCUCUCGACAAACUCCUCCUCGUCCAACCUAUCGUCCCAAGUCUUGAUGACCUUGGGCGCGUUGCCCGGCUCGACGAGAUUCAAGCCAACGACAUUGUCCCGGUCGAUAAACGCCCACAGGUUGGCGUUGGCGCCCUCGCCGGCCGACACGCGCUCCAGCACGUCGGUCGCGACCGACGUCGUGAGGUCGUCUACUGUUAGGUCGUCUGCGCAGCUCAUGGUGGUGUGGGCAUGGGUGGUGUGUGGUGGUGUGCCGUCAAAACAAG